UUCGUUCCUUCUUCACUCUCCUCUCUCUCUCUCUCUCUCUCUCUCUCUCUCUCUCUCUCUCUCUCGCACACAUACGCAUGAUCGGGCUAUAAUUGAAGACGCACAUUUUCUCUCUUAAUUUCUUUGUCGUAACUUGCGAGUUAAGAAGAACUUCUGAUGAUUUCACCGUGAAACGUCACUUUUCCGUGGUUUGUUUUCAUGAAUGAACUCUAUCUAGAAGGUGAUAAAUUUCUGCACUUGGUAUCAAUGACAUUGAAGCAUUGAGUUAUUAAGUAUUUUAUUUCGAGAGAACUGACAUCUAAGGCAAGAAUUUGUUUGUUAUGGCUUCAAGAGUGAUUUUGCAAAAGAAAAGGAGCCUCUUGUUCAACCCUCUGAGUAGUCAAUCUGCUCGCUUUAUUCUUGGAUUCUCAAGUCUUGGUCAUGGCCAACCAGUCGAAUCUAGUGAAUUAGAAGGUUUGAUUCAGGUUCCCUUCUGUCCAUCUGCAACUAAUGGACAGAGAUUGGAAAGAAAUUCAUUUACUGUCAACAAAGAUGAUCUAUCAGCUUGUGCAGCAUCAAGAUUUCUCUUGCAUAGUUCCUCUAGUGUUUCAAAUUUUGGUUUUAGAAUUGAGAAGAUCGAGUUUGUUUCUCUUUCAAGAUCAGGGUGGAUGUCCCAAUGUACCCGUUACAUUUCCAUGUCUGCAGCUGAUCAAUCUGGAUUGGGUAGCAGUAAUGAGGGAAAUGAAAAAUCAGCUACUAAACAGAAGAAGGAGGCUUCACCAGAGGAAUGUGAUGAAGCUGUUGAAGGCUUGAGUUCCGUAAAAGCAAAAGCUAAGGCUAAACAAUUGCAAGAACCCCCUAAGAGUGCUGAAUCUAUUUUAAAGAGAUUAUGGGCUCAGAUUCUAGGAAUUGGUCCAGCUUUCAGAGCUAUUAUGUCAAUGAGCAGGGAUGAUUGGGCAAAGAAGAUUAGUCACUGGAAGGAUGAAUUUAAAUCUACCCUGCAACACUAUUGGUUUGGUACAAAACUACUUUGGGCUGAUGUCAGGAUAAGCUCCAGAUUAUUGUUGAAACUUGCUAAUGGAAAGAGUCUUUCUAGAAGGGAGAGGCAGCAACUCACAAGGACAACAGUUGAUAUUUUCAGGCUAGUUCCUUUUGCUGUAUUUAUCAUUGUUCCAUUCAUGGAGUUCUUGUUGCCAGUAUUCCUGAAACUGUUUCCCAACAUGCUGCCAUCCACUUUCCAGGACAAGAUGAAAGAGCAGGAGGCAUUGAAAAGAAGGCUCAACGCAAGAAUAGAAUAUGCCAAGUUUCUUCAAGAUACUGUAAAAGAAAUGGCGAAGGAGAUUCAGAAUUCACGAAGUGGAGAAAUAAAGAAGACAGCAGAAGAUCUUGAUGAAUUUAUGAACAAGGUCAGAACAGGUGCUGGAGUUUCAAAUGAUGAAAUCUUAGGCUUUGCCAAAUUAUUUAAUGAUGAGCUCACUUUGGAUAACAUUAGCAGGUCUCGCUUGGUAAAUAUGUGUAAAUAUAUGGGUAUCAGCCCAUAUGGAACUGAUGCAUAUUUGCGUUUUAUGCUUCGCAAAAGAUUACAGGAGAUCAAGAAUGAUGAUAAACUGAUUCAAGAAGAAGGUGUGGAGUCUCUUUCAGAAGCAGAGCUUCGUCAAGCUUGUAGAGAUCGAGGAUUACUUGGAUUACUUUCAGUGGAAGAAAUGCGGCAACAGCUAAAUGACUGGCUGGAUUUGUCUCUCAACCAUUCUUUACCAUCUUCCCUCUUAAUUCUUUCUAGAGCGUUUUCUGUUUCAGGAAAGGUGAGGCCAGAGGAAGCUGUUCAAGCGACACUCUCUUCUCUGCCAGAUGAGGUUGUAGAUACUGUUGGGGUGACAACUUUGCCAUCUGAAGAUUCUGUUUCAGAAAGGAAGAGGAAGUUGGAAUUUCUUGAAAUGCAAGAGGAGCUAAUCAAGGAGGAGGAAGUGAAAGAGGAAGAGCAACAGACCAAAGUGACAGAAUCUAUUGGUAACGAAAGGGAUUUGACCAUGAAAGAGAUGGCUUCAACAACCAAACAAGCAAAAGAAGAGGUAAAAACAAAGGCUUUGGAAAAACGGGAGCACCUCUGUGAGCUCAGCCGCGCAUUGGCUGUUUUAGCAUCAGCAUCUUCGGUGAGCAGGGAACGUGAAGAGUUCUUGAGACUUGUUAGAAAGGAGAUAGGGCUGUAUAAUAGUAUGGUAGGGAAAGAAGGUACUGAAGGUGAGCAGGAAGCUAAGAUGGCCUAUAAAGCUGCAAGGAAGGAUAGUGAUGGUGCUCUUGAGGCAGCUAUUAGUGACAAGGUUUCUUCAGCACUUGUUGACAGGGUUGAUGCUAUGCUCCAGGCACUUGAAAAAGAAAUUGAUGAUGUUGAUGCUAAAAUUGGAGACCGUUGGCGGUUGCUAGACAGGGAUUAUGAUGGGAAAGUGACACCUGAGGAGGUUGCAUCUGCUACUAUGUAUCUGAAGGACACUCUGGGCAACGAAAGAAUUGAUGAACUUAUCAGCAACCUUUCCAAGGACAGUGAUGGGAAAAUAUCGGUGGAAGAUAUUGUCAAAUUGGGCACCCAGGAAGAAGAUGCUGAUAUAGACGAAGCACGAAGAUCGUAGUGUUUUAUCUAUCUUAACUUCAAUGUUCUACUUGAGUUAGAAACCCAUUUAUUUGUGAAUUGUGACUCAUUGCCAUGUUAUAUUUGAAAUGUAACCGUGAAGAAUAAUGGUUGGUUUUCCGUACUGAAAAUGUAUUCAUGAACCCACUGGCCACUGCCCUUAAAAAUAAAAGAAAGAAAA